AUGGCAUCACAGACCGCCGAAUACUUGGGCGUCAGCCCACCACUGUCGACCGAACCUCCCAAGCCGCGCGAUAACGAGCUGCACGAUCAGUUGCUUGCUGAAUUGAAGGCUCAGAACAACUUUGAGUCGCCGGAGGAGACGGCAAAGAGACAAAACGUACUUGUCAAGCUGCAGAAGUUGCUCCUGCAACUUGUUCAGCGAGUCGGCAAGAAGAAAGGUCUCAAUCCAGAGCUGCUUAAGGAGGCUGGGGGCAAGAUUUUCACUUAUGGCAGCUUUCGCCUUGGAGUGUAUGGCCCGGGCUCUGAUAUCGAUACCUUGAUGCUGAGUCCAAAGCACGUCACUCGUGAGGACUUCUUCGAGUACAUGCCCGACAUGAUACGACAGGCGAUACCGGCGGAGGACAUUACUGAGCUAGUCCCUGUGCCUGGCAUCGGUGUCCCGAUCAUCAAGACUGAAAUAGAGGGCAUCUCCAUCGAUCUCAUCUGGUGUACUUUGCACAAGGAUCGAGUUCCUCCAAACCUCGAGCUUAACGACAGCGAGCUGCUUCGAGGGCUCAGCGAGACCGAUCUCAAGUGCGUCAAUGGCACUCGUGUCACGGACAGAAUUCUAUCGCUAGUACCACAGACAAGAACGUUUCGCAUUGCGCUACGUGCGGUCAAGAUGUGGGCGCAGAAGCGUGGUCUCUAUGGCAAUGUGUAUGGUUAUCCAGGCGGUGUGGCCUACGCCAUGAUGGUCGCGAGGGUCUGUCAGUUGUAUCCAAGAGCUGCCGCUUCGACCAUUGUCGCCAAAUUCUUCUGGGUUGUCAAGAACUGGCAAUGGCCCUCGCCCAUCUAUCUCCAAGCCCGUGAAAAGGGGCCUUCGCUCAAUCAGCAGGAAUGGGACCCUCAGAAGAACUUCCGCGACAAGCGACAUCUCAUGCCAGUGAUUACGCCAGCAUAUCCGGUCAUGAAUGCCACACAUACCAUCACGCGCUCGACGAAGGAGGUUCUCAUUCGCGAGCUGAAUCGUGGCCAUGAGAUCAUGGCCGAUAUCUACAGCGGCAAAAAACAGUGGCGCGACCUCCUCAUUAAGCACGAAUUCUUCACUUCGGCAUAUCAGCACUACAUUGUCAUUGUGACUGCGUCCAAAACCAAAGAUGAUCAGCAGGCUUGGGCUGGCCUCGUGACAUCACGGCUCAGAUUCAAGCUAGUUGAAGGGAUAGAGGACAGUGCUGACAAGGUCAAUCUUGUGCAGCCAUUCAAUAAAGGCAUUGAGAGGCAUCACAAGUGCAAGACUAAGGAGGAGAUUGAGAGCGUUCUGGGCGGAGGGCUCGAUGGGCUCGUGGAAAAAGCUACUACGACCGAAGAGACUGCAGACGCGAAGCAGCAAGCCGCUGCUGAAGGCGACGCUGAUGUCAUCAACGACAUGGCUGCGACAAACGAUGAUGCUGAGAGCAAGGACAAGAAGAAGGACGACAGCGAACUGGAGCUGUGGACGACCACUUUCUAUCUCGGGAUCGAGCUCCUCAAAGGGGAGAAGAACCUCGACAUCUCAUAUUCAGUCAACGACUUCAAGGGCAAUGUGCAGUUAUGGCCAGGCUACAAUCCAGAUGUGCACUCAGUGCAGAUCAAGUACUAUCGCGAUUAUCAGCUGCCACCUGACCUUUUCUCGGAAGGUGAAAAGCGACCUGUGAGGAAGAUCAAGAAAUCGAAGAAAGAAAAUUUGGAAAAGAAGCGUAGCGUCUCGAAUGCAGGCCUGGACGAGAACCAGAAUCCUGCUAAGCGCCGACAGUCUGGUCCAGUGAAUGGGACCGGCACGCCCAUUACCAACGGCGCUGCUGGUUGAAAGCCUGGUGAAGGCUUCUUCGCGUCAUUUUGGUUAGGAUGUUCUUAACCCCAGUACUCUAACAUCACUACCUAGCCCAGGAUCUUGUCGACAACCAAGCUGCGGCUCAGAAUGGCCAUUUUGACGGAAACCACGCCACUGGCCAGUUCAAUGCAGUCGCCAAGCUCUUUUCGCGGACUAUCAGCGCUCCGCGUUUGUCGAAAAGCCUGAAGCGGGGGGUACCAAUUCCUCCCGGAUGGCAGAUAACAAUAUGAUUAAGGUAAGGCGUCUCCCUCCCGUGGAGGUUAGUAAUACGAACGACGCAAUAGGGAAAAGAAAACGACAAAAAAAGAGCAUACGGGACCAGGUCAAUGGAGCGCACAGCAUCAGUCAUCCUUGUUCGGCGUCGCUCAUAUGUUGAAGCCGGAUAGAUGAAUUGAUGGAGAGGUAACAGCGCGUAGGCGGAAACUCUACUAUCGUAUUGCCUUCUUUAUGUAGGGUGGUCGAAUCAAU